AUGUAGGGAUCACUCAAUUAUAUUUGCAUUUCAAGAGGUAACACCAUCUUGACAGACUAUACAGAGGAAACUGGUAACUUUAGAUAAGUUCUACAAGAAAUUCUUCCUGAAAUAAAGCCUGAAACUAGGGAUAUCUACUAAACAGGAGAUUAAAAGUUUUUCAUUAGAUCUACUUCAGAAAACUUCAUUUUCUGUAUUCUUUGCUCCAGGGAUUACUAACAAAGAAUAGGAUUUACAGCAAUUGAUUAAAUUAUGCAAAUAUUCAUGGAAAAGACAACUUUAGAGCAAAGAAAGACAGCUCUUAGUCAUUCUUUAGAUAAGAUCUUAAAGAAUGAUAUUAAAUAGAAAUACCAACUCUUCAAUACUCCUGCUUGUGAUAAGUUGACUACUCUCCGUUAAAAUGUUGACUAAUUGAAAGAUGUCUUAGAAAAAGAUUUAAGUUUACUUUUGUAAAGAGGUGAAAAGCUUGAAGUAAUUGUAAAGAAAUCUGAAAAUAUGAAAACUGUUUCUACUGAAUUACAUAGAAAUGCUAAGAAAGUAAAGAAUCAUAUGUGGUGGUAAAAUAAAAAAAUGUUAAUUGCUAUAGUAUUAAUUGUAAUAGUACUCAUUUGGCUUAUUUCAUCUUUCAUUUGCGGAUUUGAUUACAGCAAAUGUUGA